AUGGCACUCCUCCACUCCACUCUGAUUUGGAUUGUAUAUGCAGUCGUUGUCGGCAUUCUUAGUAUCGUUGCGUCAACUUUUGUUUACGUCUAUCAGACUCCUCGCGAUCGCUCGGCGGCUGUUACCACUGUUUGCAUAUUUACACUUACAGCUUUGUUGGCGACUGUGCUUCUACUACCUGUGGAUGUUGCCUUGGUGUCUUCAACGACAUCGGAGUUCGGUCGAAGAAAAGACUGGGCAACAGACCAUGAGGUUGAGAAAAUCACGUACUCAUUAACUGUGGUAUACUACUUCCUAUAUUCGCUCGACGCGGUUCUUUGCCUCCUGAUAGUACCAUUCACAUAUUUUUGGUAUGAAGAAUAUGAUGAGGUGGCAUACGAGGAUGAUGGACGAUUCACUAGAAAGCCAUUCUGGGGUGCCUUCAAAUAUACCCUCGUAUUUAUUUUGUUGACGAUAAUCUUGUUCUUGGUUGGCUUUUUUGUGCCGGUGGCGAAGGAUCGAAAAGGUGCCCAUUUUGAUUUAGACUACUUCAAGAGGCUUCUAACAGAGAACCGACUCGCCUUCUUUCCGAUAUCUUUCAUCAAAUCUUCCCCGUCGAUCUCUAGUCCUAUGCUCAGCGCCAACAUCGAAUCCAGAUUAGAGGAAAACAUUGAGCGCCAGCGCCAGCUUGAGGGUCGCUGUGGUGGAAACCCGGACCAUCUGUCCUCUAAAGACCGGAGGGAGCUUGAUUCCUUAGUUCGAGAAGAACGAACAUUGCGCCGCCGCAAACGCCUUGCGGAGGCUUCUCGUGGACAAGGGAGAAAUUUCGUCAUUAAAGUCUGGUACAAGCUUGGUGCGGUAUUCCGACCAAUAAAGCUCCUCGGAGGACUACUUCUCUUAGCGAUCUCCGUCGUGAUCUGGAUUUCGAUGCUCCUUACCUGCAUCGAUAAAGCGAAAAAUUCCGUUUGCAAACAAAAGUGCGGCUACAUUCUAGGAAAAAUCAACAUUAUUAAUCCAGUUAACUGGGUGCUGGUGGAAGCUGCGAGUGUCUUCCCUGCGGAUUAUGUUAUAUUUAUUGUCCUGGUCCUCCAUUUAUUUACCAGCUCUGUUGUUGGCAUUGCAACAAUCGGAAUCCGAUUCUUGUGGAUCAGGCUUCUUCAAAUUAGAAAAGGCCACACAUCACCCCAGGCGCUUCUUCUCGCAACAGUGAUUCUCACGCUUAUCACGCUUGCUCUCAACUACUCGAUCUCUAUGAUUGUCGUUCCACAAUACGCAACGUACGGCCCACAGACGUUUUGUGAUUACCCAUCCAUUCCUGCCUCGGCACCUUUGGACUGCUCAAAAAAUAAGGAGUACCUAAAGCCGUGCUCUGAACUCGCGAACAAUCCCGCGGCCAAAGCUGUCUGCACUCCAAGUGUCGCUAGCACGUUCCUCAAUCGAAUCACUCUCAACUUUCCUUUCUUUGGGAUUGUCGAUUUCUGGGCUCAGUUUGUUUUUCUAGGAUUCUCCCUCAUCGUUCUUUUGAUUUCGCUAUUCCGUGCACCUAGGUUUGAUGAGCAGCAAAUGGAUGAAGACGCAGAGGAAGCCGAGGAAGAAGGUCUCCUUGCUGCUAGCGGAAGUCGAUUUAUUGCUGCCUGGCAGGACACCACUGGGCGAACACGCGAUCAACGGGUGAGAUUUCGUGAUGACGAAUGAAAUGUAUCUUGGUGUGUUGCAUUUUGCACUCCCAAGAUAUUCGCGUCAGCCUGGUUUGCUUUAUGGGGUCUUAAUUCGGAAGACGGAGCAUGUGCAUUGGCGAGGGAUACGGUAUGACACGGUUAUUGGUGGAUUAUGGAUUAAGUAAAUAAAUGACCUAAGAUUAGGAAGGGUGGGAAAUUGCAGCCUGCUUCACUACGGGAGGGAUGAGCAUGAGGUUAUGCAUGUCGACAUAUACGGUUCACGGGGACCGUAAUGGCUCUUAUGACGGACUCUGACUUGGGAUAAUUGAGCGCUAAUUAGUA